AUGCCCGAGUCGUAUUGGUCAAACCGGUCCAACCUUAUUAACAAAUAUUUUGUAAAAAUUGGAUGGUUUUGGACAACUAUAGUUUUUAUAAUAUAUGCGAUAUUAAUUCAUACUAAUAAACUGGAACAAUUCGUAAAAGCUAUAAUUCGUUUGCUAUUGGCAUCCCUGUAUUGGUAUUUAUUUACACAAUGGUUGUUUGGACCAAGUUUAUUGGAUAGGGUGUUUGUGUUUACCGGAGGCGAGUGUUCCAAAGUAUCCAAAGUAGUGCCAGGAGAAAUAUUUGAAGCUCAUGUUUGUCGAAAGGGUGGAGGAGAUUGGAAUAAUGGUCAUGAUGUUAGUGGCCAUUGUUUUAUGUUGAUUCAUGCUUCUCUUUUCAUUCUGGAAGAUGCCAACAUUCUUUUUUAUCGAUCAAAUAAUUGGAAGAAUAAAUUUCUUUUUAAGCUUUUCGGAGGCCUACUUUUUCUUUGGUGGUGGAUGCUGCUUAUGACCGCAGUUUAUUUUCAUACGUUUUUUGAGAAAUUUACCGGUACCUUGUCCGGACUUUUUUAUUGGGCCUUAAUUUACGGUUUUAUUUUUCCAAAAUAUAUGCCUUAUAUGAUGCCUUAUGAAUUGGAGGGGUACAAAUUUGAUAAAAAAAGUUUACUUUUGGAAUGA